AGAAGGAGAGGGAGAGAGGAUGUAGCCUAGCUCUAGCCAGAGCAGCAUCACACUGACUAACCACUGAAUCUCUGUAAUGCAGCAGAAUCAAUGGCCCAACUAAAGAAAGGCACCAUGGCUGUUGGAUUGAGGCCAGUGAUUUUGCUGCUUCUACUGCUCUGCUGUUGGCAACUUGCCUCAAGUAAAGAAGGAAAAUCCACGAAGAAAGGAAAAAAAGGAAAGCAAGUUGUCUGUCCAUCGCAGUUGUCUCCAGAAGAUUUGGCACAGGUUCCAGCUAACUCUACCUCCAACAUUUUGAAUCGUCUGAUGGUCAGUUAUGACCCAAGAAUAAGACCUAACUUUCAAGGUAUCCCAGUUGAGUCCAGAGUGAACAUCUUCAUUAACAGCUUUGGGUCUAUCCAGGAGACGACUAUGGACUACAGAGUAAAUAUAUUUCUUCGACAAAGAUGGAAUGACCCUCGUCUACAGCUUCCUACAGAUUAUAAGAGUGAAGCACUAACUGUUGAUCCCAAAAUGUUCCAGUGUUUAUGGAAACCAGAUCUUUUCUUUGCAAAUGAAAAAAAUGCAAACUUUCAUGAUGUCACACAAGACAAUAUACUGCUCUUCAUCUUCAGGAAUGGAGACGUCCUGAUCAGCAUGAGGCUGUCGGUGACACUGUCUUGUCCCUUGGAUCUCACGCUUUUCCCAAUGGACACACAGCUAUGCAAGAUGCAGCUGGAGAGUUUUGGCUACACCACCAGUGAUCUUGUGUUCAUGUGGCAGUCUGACCCAGUUCAAAUGGAUGAGAUUGCUCUCCCACAGUUUGACAUCAAGCAAGAGGAUAUAAAAUAUGGAAACUGCACAAAGUACUACCAAGGAACAGGAUACUACACCUGUGUCGAGGUUAUAUUUACGUUGCGACGGCAGGUCGGUUUUUACAUGAUGGGAGUUUACGCUCCAACACUGUUGAUUGUUGUUUUGUCCUGGUUGUCAUUCUGGAUCAACCCUGAUGCCUCAGCUGCAAGGGUGCCACUAGGUAUUUUGUCAGUGCUUUCUCUGUCCAGUGAGAGCAUGUCUUUGGCUUCAGAGCUACCAAAGGUUUCCUAUGUAAAGGCUAUUGAUAUUUGGCUCAUUGCCUGUCUGCUCUUUGGUUUUUCUUCCCUGGUGGAAUAUGCUGUAGUCCAGGUGAUGCUGAACAGUCCUAAACUGAUCGAAGAGGAGAAAGCCAAAAUGGCCACAAAAGAAAAAGCUUUGAAGGAGAAAGAAGGAAAGAAGCCUUUAACUAAAGCUAACAACACCAUCAAUGGCACUGGUGGAACACCAAUGCACGUCAACACUCUGCAGGUCGUUGAAACUCGCUGUAAGAAAGUUUGCACUUCGAAGUCUGACCUUCGCUCCAGUGACUUCAGCAUCGUGGGAUCUUUACCUCGAGACUUUGAACUUUCUAACUUUGACUGUUAUGGUAAACCAGUUGAAGUUACAGGGGCCCUCAAAUCCCAAAACAAAGCCAACAAGAAACCACCACCACCUAAACCUGUCAUACCGGCAGCUGCUAAGCGCAUUGAUCUUUAUGCAAGAGCCCUUUUUCCUUUCUCUUUCCUCUUCUUCAAUGUUGUCUACUGGUCAAUCUAUCUGUAAGAGGAAGAAGAAGAAAGUGAUUUGUAUCCUGGGUACAGAGCGGACAGUGCUGACAUUAAAAGUACACUUUUCAUUGAUAAAUCAUAUAGGAAAUUUAUGUAUGGGUCAUUCCAUUAAAAAAAAAUCUGUUUAAUCAGAUAAAAGUUCCCACCUUACUCUGUCAGAAACAGCUUUCAUGUACAAUAUUUUUAGCAUUUUCAAGGAAGCAGUGAAUAACAUUACCUUCAUCCUGUCAAUAUUUUCCAAGGUACAUGGAUGCUUGAAAUUUUAUUUGUAAAUUUUCAAGUGUCAACUCACCAUAUGGGUUAGAUAUCUGGUUAAAGCAAGUUAUAUCAGUUCCCAUCUUCCAUACAGGUAUACACCGCAAAAACUGGUGGGUUGUUUGUUUGUUUGGUUUUUUAACAAUGGAUAUGUGCCAUAAAACAAGCUAUUGCAGAAAUCCACCAUAUGUGAUGAAAUUAGAAAUGCCUGCAACUAGAACAUGUUUGCAACAAACCAACAGUCAUCUCUGAGCAGUCUUACUCAUUCAGCAGUGUUGAUGCUCCAAGGAAACCAUGCCUAUUACAGCUUUAUUCCAGUCGAUCAAAACAGACUGGAAACUAUGAGUUUGUCUGGUGUCAAAAAUACAACAAUGAUGCAGGCUGGAUUUAUUAUUGCCAGAAGUUCCUACACAAGAUUGCACGUCGUUGCUAACUAACAACUCUUUUUUUCUGUUUAGAGCCAUGUUUGCAAAGCUGCAAAAACCAGUGUGGUUCCCGGGUAUAACUGCAAAUUUUCACAAAUAUAAAACUUAGCGUCCUAUUGCUUGAGUUCCCUUAAUGCCCGUACAUUAAGUAGGCACUGCAUGUUUGUCUUUGUGUAAUACAGGACAUUGUGCUAGUUAUAACCUAAAUUAUGCAGUUUAAAAUAUAACUGUAUCCUGUGCAUUAGAAAUAAAUGCUUUUUAUUGAGGGUAACAUUACUGGUCACACUUCAUGCUAAAGGUAUAGUAUUCUAGAGUGGGCAAUGUGGAUGAGAAUCGAGAAAAAGAAGGUUCUCUACAAGAACCGGUUCCUAGUAGUCCAAUUCCUUGGAAUUGUAAGUCUGCCUGCCUGUCAAUCCCGCUUAUCAGUUCUGGCACGUAUUCGACAAUUAGCUGAUUUCAGUUAUGGAGGAGCAAAUUGCAGGGCAGUUUCCAGCGUGGAUACGAACAUAAUUUUUAUUUUAAUUGCACAAAACGAAGUGCAAACUGCAUCCAAGACAGAACAGGUUGUUGCUAAUAUAACUUCAGCUCUUUGCAAGACAGCAUGCUAAUGCUAAGCUAUCCAAGAUCCCAGAGCGAUGCUAAGCUGAGUGAAUGCUGAUCCCAGCCCAUGGCUGAGCCAUCACUUGUGAGCUGCAGUGAAGCCAGCUGCCACUGAACUUCAUCAGGUAACAAACAGAUGAGCAGUUAGGCUGCAGGCUUCGUUUCUACCUGUUUUUAUUUAUAUAUUUAUAUUCAUUUUUAUAUUUAUGUAGCCCAAAAUCACAACAAUCUGUUCAUGUUUCCGAAGUAGAAUCAACAUGGAGAUCACUUUAAAGUCUCUUUGUGCUUAUUUUCAUUUUUGUUUUGUGCUGUAGGCUUUGUGUUCAUACCUAAAUACUAAGAGAAAUAUCAUAUGUGUCCUCAUUAGGGCAGGGAUUUGUGUUGGUGUGUGGGACUGUAAAUUCAGGUUUAUAUUGGCAAAUGGUAAUUAUGAGACAAUAUGUUUUUGUUCAUUUGACCGAGAAAUGCAGUUGUAAUGUAACAAAUAGUGUAACAAAGUACUUCCUCCUCCUUUUGAUUAAUGACCCCUGAUCAUAACAAAGAGUGGAAAUACAUCCACAAACAUUUGACCCAGCGGAUGUAAUUAAUUUGCAUGAAAGUAAUGUCUUUGACAUGGUGCUUAGAGAUGUUGGUGACUCUGAAAAUGAGAAUGGAUACGGGAAUCGAAUCGAUAAGUGAUAUCAAUCAUGAAAUCCCAUCCCUAGUGGCGAAUAAAAAAUAAAAUAAAUUCCAUGAUGAAAAUAUAAUCCAAAGAGAAUAAAAAAUGUAAAAAUAUUCUUCUGCAAUUUCCCUGUUGUUUCAAGUUAGAAGCAUGAUUGAAUUUAUUUGUAUUAUAACAGUCCUAAUUUAGACAUUUUAUUGGCACCAUAUUGAAAAAAGAAACAUUUUAAUGUUUUUAAUUAGAUGCCGUGUUUUUAUAUUAAGGUAAAAAAAAUCCAAGUCAAGUUUUAGUUUCACAGCCUUUUUUUCAUCACUGCGUCAGCGUAACGGAGCCAGACUGGAAGACUGACACUUGUUACUAAGACUAAUCUUUUUAGCUAGUGAUUGUGGAAGUCCUGUGAUCCUUGUGCUUUUAGAUCUUACUGCAGCAUUUGAUACUGUUGACCACAAUAUUCUUACCUCUCGUUUGGAACACCUGGUUGGCAUCAAAGGUGCAGCACUGGAUUGGCUUCGUUCAUAUUUGAGUGGCAGAACGUUUAGUGUUAAAGUUGAAAAUUUUGAGUCCACCUCAGCCCCCCUUCCUUGUAGGGUGCCCCAGUGCUCAAUCCUUGGCCCUCUUCUUUUUUCAUUAUACCUGCUCCCUUUGGGGUCUAUUUUUAGAAAACACAAAAUAUCCUUUCACUGCUACGUAGACGACUGCCAAAUUUAUUUGCCUUUAGCACCAAAUGGCCCAGGCUCCAUCCAAAUCCUUUUGAACUGCCUUGAAGAUGUCAAAGCUCGGAUAGCUCUGAACUUUUUGAAUUUCAAUGAGAGUAAAACGGAGGUGAUUGUAUUUAGACCUAAUAAUAUUUCAUGCAACCCGCUUAGAAAUUGUGGUUGGCUAGGGUCUUAUAUC